UUGUACCGCUAGGGUUUAUGGGUAUUAUGUCUCCUACUGUGGUACUCAAUACACCAGUAGGUUGUAGUCUGCCAUUAAACCUCAGAAGAACACGGAAAUAUGCGACGUAUGACCCGUCAUGCGUGUGAGGACGGCCCAGUCUUGGAGGAACAGGAGACAGAGGGACAGAGACAGCUCCACAGUCUCCUCCUACAGCAGUUAGACACAGACGUCAACAUAGACAGAUGUGUUGCCAAGAGGAAGUGUUUUGCCCCUGCUGCGCUGUACAAGCCGUUUGGGGAGCAGGCUGCCGGGGUGAGGAGUCUAUCCCAGUUCCAGGCUCUACAGGACGGGGAGAGUGAGCUGGCCAGUCUCAGGGAGCUGGGGCUCACAGACAUGGAGGUAGAACUGUGGCUCAACAGAGACCAGCCAGAGAACACUGAGAAGGGUCAUGGGGUGUGUGUGGCCCCCGGGGCGCGGCAGCAGCGUCUUCUGGUGAUCCAGGACAAGAUGGAUGCCAGGUCAGAGCUCAUUUCCCGCCCACAGCGCUUCUCAGCCAGCCUACCCCUGUCCCGCAGAGAGAUGGAGAUAGAGAAGGCCCUGUUCCAGGGCAACGACCGCCUGGGCUUCCUCACUGCACUCUAUCAUCAAGAGGAAGAUACACAAGCUGACCAGCAGGGGGCAUCUUCCUCAAACCCCCUGGACUCCCUGUACAGAGAUGUCCUAAGUGAUAGGCGAAAACACACGUCUGUAUCAGAGAACUCUGAGCUGAAAACCACAGGACACUCAUCUCUACCUCAGCCUGAACCACAAACUGACUUUGAGCAAUCGCAGAGCUCAUGGAAAAGCACUGACCAAUCACAAGUCCAGCUUGACCUUAAAUCUGAUCCAUUGAGAAGUGGGAUAAAGGACUCUGACCAAUCAGCUACACUGGACACUUCUGGCCAAUCACAAGAUCAGGACAGACCUGUACACAAGCAAUUGUCAGCUCCAAAGAAGAUAAAUGUGAGCCAGCCAAUUGGUAGUCUGUGUGGUGCGGCAAAGGCGGGGCCUGGGGGUCCGGUGCUGGUGCAGGGCGAGGUAGAGGAGGUUACAGAGGAAGAGAUUCAGCAGAACCGUGAAACAGAGGAAGGGAUCCGGAGCAUACCACGGUUCCACAACUACCAGCCAGGGAAACCAUCAAAGGUGCUGUGUGUGAAGAACCUGAGUGCCCGUGCCUCUGUGGCCCAGCUGGUGGCGCUAUUCUCCAGGUUUGAUUGUGACAUCACCCAGCCGGUAGUCUACCGACUACUCACUGGCAGACUGAAGGGACACGCCUUCAUCACACUUUCAGACACCGAAACGUCCCAGAGAGCCUUGGAGAUGGUGAACGGGUACCGGUUGCUAGGGAAACCUUUGGUGAUCGAGUUUGGCCUAGAGCGGAGGGAUGAGAAGAAACCAAAAACGGAACAGGACGAGGAGAAAAUGAGAGAAUGUAGUGUACCAUCUCUACCCAACCCCAGUACUACAAACACUAAAUACUACAACAGGACUUCAACACACAGAUAAGAGACAGAAACAGACCGACCACAUACUCUCCUCCUUUGAGCACAUAUGUAACUCUUCAAUGACUGAGGUUUGACAUUUCUGGUCCUUGUAACGUUUGUUGUGUGAAGGUCGAUAAACGUGGAUUAAUUAGUAUUUUUGUCCUGGAUGUUAGUGUUUUUUAUGUAUGAUCAUAGGCUGUGUUUGGAAUGUGAAGUAUUAAAAAUCUGUUCUCUGUUGCAUUUCA